AUGACAAUGGACGGGACCAGAAUGGAGCCUUUACCCCUGUGUCGGCAAGAUGGCCGAACUAUGAAAUUGCCCAGGAUAAUUUUCUGGGCAUACGAUUGUGUCCUUCUUCUUCUAAUCACCCGGCGCGUCUCUCCUCCGGUCCUCGGUGCAAUCUCUUUUUCCUCCCGUUCUGAGAUUGAUAUCUUCCUCUCCUCUUCACUUUUCCUCCUCCGCCUCCUCCGCCCCCUCUCCCUCCUCAUCCUCUCUUCCUUCAACCCUCAUCUUCGAUAG